AAUUCCUUCAUUAAAAUAAAGAUCUUUUCGAUUUCGUUUAGGAAUUAAAAAUAAAUUGCAAAAGAUUUUUACUGUUUUUGUAAAAUUGAAUCGUCAUAAUUGUCAUCAAUAUUCAAAAAUAAGAUCAUAACGGCAAUGUAUUUGUAUGGUUAUCGGUUUUGAUUUAACACUUGACCCCAGAUUACUGGACCAAGCAUUUACAUGGAUUUAUAAAUGUUAGUUCUACUACAGAAAUUUCUACUGCAGUUUUUGCUUGGUAUUCGUAGUGUUUUUUUUCGUAAGAAAAAAAAAAAAAAAAAAAAAAUUGUCGUUCCUUUAUUAAGUCAUUCAUGUUUUAAACUAUCGGUUAAGAUGUCGUAUAACUUUGCAAUCAAUAUUACCAUUUAUACCCAUUACUAUUAAUUUCUUCUUUUAUACAAAUAAGUUUUAUUUUAUAAAUAUGUGAUAUGAAUUAUCUACGAAAAUUUUUCAAAAAGUGUCAUAGCUUGUUAAAAUUCUUCGUAUAAAUUUUUCUCCAUAAAUUGUUGUUUAAUUUAAUCUAUGUGCAUCGAAACAGUUUAAUCAGAAAUAAAUGAGAAACAUUCGUAAUAAAGCAUAUAGAAGAAUAUUUUGUACAAAAUGUUCGAAAUGUUCGAAACGGUGGAUAAUUUGUUGAAUUGAUUGAAAUUUAGUGAUUAUAUUUUAAAAAUUAAAAAAAAAAAUAAGCAAACAAAUAAAAAAUAAAAUAGAGAAGAAAAGUGAUAAUUAAUCGAAGAAUUAGAAAAUUAGAAAAUUUAAAAGUUUAAUAAAAUUCUUUUUUGCGAUGUUCAAUUGAACAUUAUGUGGUUAAAAAGCAAACAAUUAUCUCUAUUUUUAUUUAAAUAUCAAUUAGAAAUUAGAAUUUGGAAAAAUUGAAUAAAUUAAUGGAAAUCUAAAUUGCAUGAAAGAUGGAGUGUGAUUUAUAAUUAAAGUACAAAUGAUUUAUACGCUAUUUUACAAUAAUUAGCAAAUUUUCAAAUAAGAAUUUUUAAAAGUUUGACAUUAUGGGAAGCAAUAUAAAAAUAAUCACCACCGCGGAAUUAGACAAUUCGCGGGUUAAUAAUUCGAAUUACACGGAACUACUACCGAUUGAUAUGCGAUUCAACGAAGGUCAUAUUGUUAGUAUUCUAUUUUACAGCGUGUUAAUGAUAAUAUCCGCCAUAGGGAACACGACGGUGUUAAUAUUAAUUACAUGUCGUAAACGUGUAUCGAAAUCGAGGAUACACAUUAUGUUAAUGCACCUUGCGAUCGCUGAUCUACUUGUUACUUUUUUAAUGAUGCCAUUGGAGAUUGGUUGGGCGAUCACUGUUUCCUGGAAAGCAGGGGACGUGAUGUGCCGAAUAAUGGCUUUCUUUAGAAUGUUUGGUCUAUACUUAUCAUCUUUUGUUCUGGUAUGCAUAAGUAUGGACAGAUAUUAUGCAGUAAUAAAACCACUUCAAUUGUGGGAUGUUGAUAAAAGAGGUAAAAUUAUGCUAUCCUUUGCUUGGAUAGGAUCUGUCGUGUGUUCAUUACCUCAGACGAUUGUAUUUCAUCUAGAAACUCAUCCAAAUAUCACAUGGUAUUCACAGUGUGUCACGUUUAAUGCUUUUCCAACGUAUACUCAUGAAAUAACUUAUUCUCUAUUUGGAAUGAUUAUGAUGUAUUGGUUUCCUCUAGUGGUAAUAAUAUACACUUAUAUGAGUAUUUUAUUGGAAAUACGUAGAAGGUCAAAAAAAAGCGAAGAUGAUAAGAUUCGUCGUUCUUCAAUAGGUUUUCUUACACGAGCAAAAAUUCGAACUUUAAAAAUGACAGUGAUUAUUAUAGCUGUAUUUUUUAUUUGCUGGACACCAUAUUAUGUCAUGAGUCUCUGGUACUGGAUUGAUCGAAAUUCAGCAUAUAAAAUUGAUCAACGAAUUCAGAAAGGACUCUUUCUAUUUGCUUGUACAAAUUCUUGUAUGAAUCCUAUUGUUUAUGGUGCAUUUAAUAUUAGAGAUCGCAAUAAGACAUCUGCAAGACCAACAACUAUAGAAACUAGAGUCACACCAUUAUCAUUAUCGCUCAAACUUCUUGAUUAAUGUUCGUUUAUAUGAGAUAUUGACUGUAUUUAUAAUAUUAGAUCUAGUCGUUAAAUUUAUUAAAUUUGACUGUGAUUAUGAUAAAUUAUAUAAAAAUAAUA